CAGAUGCGUACAACGCGCAAAGUAUCGGUGUGGCCGGUGGGACUUGUGGGAGGACGACGGUACGAGCGCCCUAUCGUGGAAAACGGCAAAGUUGUUGGCUGGUAUACUGGCUGGAGAGCUGACAGGCCAUUUGCUAUUGACAUGGCAGGAUUUGCCGUGAGCCUUCAAGUGAUUCUGUCACAUCCAAAAGCUGUGUUCAAGCGUCGUGGUUCUCAACCAGGAAUGCAAGAAUCUGAUUUUCUAAAACAGAUAACAACAGUGGAGGAACUGGAACCAAAAGCAAACAAUUGCACAAAGGUUCUUGUAUGGCACACGCGAACGGAAAAAGUAAAUCUAGCUAAUGAGCCAAAAUAUCAUCUGGACACAGUCAAUAUUGAGGUAUGAUCUGGACACACAGUUAUAUGGGAAAUAAAAGUACAAUGGAUAUGUCAGAAGAUGGGAGAAUUUAGCCAGUGAAACUAGUCUACUCCUGUGUGAGACCUUUUAUUAGUUGUCUGAUGGACUUCUGUGGAAACAAAAGAGCUGUCAUAUACCCUAACAAGCAAAUCAAACGGGUGUGCUUUGUUCUAAUUUGUUUGCAUGCAUUUCUGAACUUGGUCUUAAACAGACACUUACCUUUCUUUUAAGACUGUUUCCACAUAGUACAAAAUAAUCAAGAGACCAACAUGACUGCAAUGGAAUAUUUUCAAAAUCAUCAUUUAUGUAUAUAGUUUUUGUAUUUAUCUAGCUUAACGGUGUAAUUAUAAACUGAUUUUAAAUCACAAACUGUUGCUCACCAAAAUAUCUGUGUAAAUGGAUCCUCUGAAUUGAGAGUACGUUUUCCUUCAUUAAAAACAGACUUCUUGAAGAAACAGUGAUUGAACAGGUCAUACAACCAUGAAAUAAAACCACCUACAAUCGUU